CGUCAGCGUGGGUGUCUGUGCCAGAAAGCUUGCAGGGUUUCAGGUCCGAGAGACCCAGUAGCUUAAAUUCCGCACACCCGUUAAUUAUGACAUCAAAUACAAUCAAAACACGAACGACCGUUUGAACCCAAUUUUCUUUUAGUAGCUCCUCUUUGGUGUCUCAAGCUGUCUGUCUACCUAUCAUUCUCCGACAAUCACUUAUACCCACUCCUUACUGACUUGCAAAAAGACACCUUUCUGUACAUCGUCCAUAAUGGGGGUCUUGUCACGCAUCGGCCUCCGACGGGCCAACCAAUGGGAGCCCCCCACGCUCUUGGACAAGCUGCUUGACGGUCCUCUGCACUACCUGGUUGCCAUCAUCUAUGGUGUCUUGGUGUGGCUCCGAGGCCGCCCAUUCGCCCCGCCGUCCAGCCGGCAGCGCGUGCGGGUAGUUUGCAUAUCGGACACCCAUGACCAGACCCUCGACACCGUUCCCGACGGGGACCUGCUCAUACACGCCGGAGAUCUCACAAAUGCAGGCACUGUCCAGGACAUCCAGCGGCAGAUUGACUGGCUUGCAUCUCAGCCUCACCAGCACAAAGUUAUGAUUGCUGGAAACCAUGAUACCUGGCUGGAUCCGGUGUCCCGAAAGACGCUUAUCAACAAGACGACAGAGGACCCUUCGGCUGUCCCGGAUUUUAAAGGCAUCCAUUAUUUAGAAGACAAUUCGGUCCAGCUGGUGUUCAAGCCCAGCGGCUGCACUCUCAACGUCUACGGGUCACCGCACAUACCGCGUUGCGGCGGAGAUGAAUUUGCCUUCCAGUACAUGAGGCACGAGUCUCCGUGGGCUAAUAAAAUCCCAAAGGCAACUGAUAUAUUGGUCACCCACACGCCACCGCAACACCACCUUGACCUUGGACUAGGCUGCAGCGGACUUCUAAACGAAAUAUGGCGCGUCAAGCCCCGCUUACACGUGUUCGGACAUGUCCACACUGCUGCCGGCCGCCAGGCUGUCUACUUUGACGAUUGCCAGCGCGCCUUUGAGAGUCUUAUGGCCAGGCCGAGGAGAGGCGUGUUUCGGGAUCUGAUGCUGCCGCAUGCAGGCUGGAUCGACGCAUGCAAGGUGGUCUUGUACGGUCUCAACGCGGUACUUUUCAAGUGGCUAAUGCAAGGGCCGGGCCCUAACCACGGAGGUCUGAUGGUGAAUGCCGCCCAGAUGUAUCGCAACACUGGAAAGCUAGGAAACCAGCCGCAGGUUGUGGAUAUGUGAUACUCUAGGCCUGGUCAUGGACCGUGUUGCCAUAAAAGCAGCCCAUGCUCAGCAUGGCGGGCUUCAUUUUUUGAAGGGACGUGAUUGCAGGAUUGCGUGUUCAUGAUCCUCUUCUGGCAAAGCCACUGUUAACCAACAGAUGCUCAAAAUAUUUUGUAUACCUUAUUUUCACGGGGGUUUGAAGUGGAGGAAGCCCUAUCAAACUUGGGUACAAGUCGUACAGCAACUCAGUAUUUAAUGCAGCUGAAAGCAUCUAGUUUUCUUGCUACUCCGAGUAUUUCAUAGACCACAGUAUAUGUCGAAUUUCAAUUUGUAAUUGUGGUAAAAAUAACGGAUUUUUAUCCUCGGUAUUUAGCUGGGCACCCGUUUUAUAAUACCGUCACGAGGCUAAGAGUCCCGAUAGCGCAAACCUACCUAUAUUUAC